AUGGCGCCCUGGUUGGAACUGCCGUACGAGAUUAACAAUGUUACCGACGAAGAGGACAAACUGAUCAAGAAAAUCCUAAUAGGAUACUCGAGUAAAUUUGUGAAAUGUGGCAAACAUGGAUACGUCAUGCCGGGGUCAUUCAAGAAGCAUGCGGAGGCAAUAUACAAUAUGGAAGUGCGACCUGAUGAUGUGUGGGUCAUCACGUUUCCUAGAUCAGGCACAACUUGGACCCAGGAGUUAAUAUGGCUGCUAAAAAAUAAUUUGGAUUACGCAACAGCAAAAAGCAUACCUUUGUACGAAAGAUUUCCAAUGCUAGAGCUCACAUCAAAAAUACCAGACAUAGCAUUCGAGCUGAUCAAGACCAACUUUAUGAACCUAGGCAACUUUCAAGGUCUGGGAGCAGCUGCCAGGUGUCCGAGCUGGAAAAGGAUAGAGAAUGCACCAUCUCCCCGUUUCAUCAAGACCCAUCUACCUCUCUCUCUUCUACCACCGAAGCUGUUGAGCACAGCUAAGGUGGUGUACGUAGGCCGGGAUCCGCGAGAUGUUGCCGUCUCUUAUUAUUAUCUUCACAAAAUGGUCGCAAAAACGUUAUUAAGAUCUGGAUUCCCUACCUUCUGGGAAGUGUUUCGGAGAGAUUUAUUGCCGUGGACACCAAUUAUAUCUCACACAAAUGAGGCAUGGAUGAAAAGGCAUGAACCGAAUCUACAUUUUAUAUUUUAUGAAGACAUGAUUAAGGAUUUGCCGACACAAAUCCGUAGAAUGUGCAAGUUCCUAGGGAAGGAGUACACAGAAGAGCAGAUUAAACAGUUGUCUGUGCAUUUAAGUUUCGACAGUUUAAGAAAAAAUAAAAGCGUCAACAACACUACAGGCGACGCUGUGAAUGGCGUUCAGUUUGUUAGAAAAGGCGAAGCUGGCGGUUGGAAGACACACUUUGACCAGAAAAUGGAGAUUCAAGCUGAAGAAUUCAUAAUAGCAAGAUUAAGAGGCCUCGAUCUCAUAUAUCCAUCAUUUUUAACUGAAGAAACGACGCAUUUAUAA